AUGAUUUUACGCAACAACAUCAAGGCAUUUUAUUGCAAGUACAACGACCCGGCGUAUAUCAAGACCGCGAAAUUGGAUAUUUUAUACCGUAUUGCGCAUGAGGACAAUGUAUUGGACGUGCUACGUGAGCUACAAGACUAUGCUACGGAGAUUGAUGUGAACUUUGCUCGCAAGGCCAUCAAUGCCAUUGGGCGAUUGGCCUUGAAAUUUGAGUCUGUAAGUGAUGCUUGCAUGCAUGCCCUGGAAGACAUUAUUAAAAGCAAUGUUAACUAUGCUUUCCAAGAAGCCAUUGUUGCUGUUCGUGACAUCUUUCGGAAGUACCCCCAUCGUUACGAUUCGAUUAUUACGACGUUGUGUGAUAAUUUAGAUUUUUUGGACGACCCUCAAGCAAAAGUGGCUAUGAUCUGGAUUCUUGGGCAUUAUACGGACCGUAUUGAGAAAAGCCAUGCACUUCUGGAUACAUUCCUUCAGAAUUUCUUAGAUGAAACGGUGGAAAUUCAAUUGGCACUACUGACAGCUACGGUGAAACUAUUUUUGAAGCGACCUAAUGUGGGAGGACCAUUGAUCGAGAAAGUUUUGACAUGGACAACAGAACAAGUAGCAAACCCUGACUGUCGUGACCGUGGCUUCUUUUACACGCGGCUCCUCGCGCUGGACCCUGUCAUUGCCAAGAAAGUGGUUUUCAGCGAUAACGGGUCCAUCGAAGUAACGCUGGAUCGCAUGGACCGAAAAGUACUAGACCAACUUUUGUUACAGACAGGGAGUCUCUCAAGUGUAUACCACAAAAAUCCACAAACGUUGUCGCUGGGUACGCGGCCUCGGUAUCUACCAGAUUCACCUGCCCUGGAAGAGACGGCGCGACAAUACGCCAGCUCUCAUCUACAAGAGCAGCCACCACUGCGUGUGUAUCAACCCGUACGCACGACAGAUAUGAUCCCAGAAUACCCCUCUAUGCUCUCUACCACGACAAUGGAAGAUUCGAUCUCAUUUUCGGAUGCCAAGACCGAGAUGCCCACGGUCAAGGUAGGCAAGCUGAUAUAG